GAGCUAUGACCACUUCCUGUGGGAGAAUGAAGAGUCUCUCUCCUCUCAUUUCAGCCUAAACUCUAAACAGAAGGGAUCUCUCUGCCACUCCCAUGUAAUGAUAUUUUUCAGAGAUGCUGCUGUUAAUAAAGCUACCUACCAGUGACUGAAUGUACCUUGAAAUCUAUUCACAUGCCCCAUAGUCUUCUGCUGCAUUUCCUUCCUUAAAGUAAAUUAAACAUGUCGAAAGAGAAUCAGAAUUAUUCAAGUUUUUCACCUGAAAAGUCAGAUAGUUUACCACUGGAAGAGUCUCAUCGAGAACUUGAGCGGUUAAAAAGAGAUUUGGAAAAUGAAAAAUUAAAAACACAGGAUGCCCAUAAAAAGUGCAGUAUGGAAUUAAGAAGAUACAAAGAAGCAUCGGAAAAAGAGAAAAACAAGUUGGCAAACGAUCUGAAAUCUAAGUGGGAGCAGCAGAAUGCUCGUGAGCUUCAACAACUAAAAGACUCAAUAAUGCGAGAAAGGGAGAUAGAAAUAAAGCAAUUAUUGCGUAGUAAAAAGGAGGAGCUAAAGGAAAUGCAUGCAUUGCUACAGAAGGAGCGUGAUGUAGCAGUGAGACAAGCCAGAGAACUUCAAAAGCAGUUGACUGAAGAGUUGCUCAACAAAGGCUAUGCAAGAAAGGCAAGCAAUACAAAGAAAAAAGAGGCCAACUUUGAGAGUGUUGAAUGCCGAUGCAAACUUCAAGAUGUCCUAUCUAAACUUCGCUGGGAAUGUGAUGGCGAACAGGCUGCUAGCAUACGACACCUAAAAAUGGAGCUACAGCUAGAAAGGAAUUUUUUCUCAAAAUAUAUUCUCGAAAAUUUCAGAAUAAACAUCUCUGCUUUACCCCAGGUCAAAACAAAGCCCUUUGAGUCUGGAGAGAGAAAAUAUGGACGCUAUUCCCUAGGAAGCCAUUCACUGAGGCCUCAACAUCAAGACCUUUUGCCAUCCAAGUUACAGUCUCCUGAUAAUACAGCACCUGUAGUUUCAGGUAUAAAGUAUCUAGAAUGGGCUUCCCCAGAAACUGACUCUACAUGUAGUUCUUUUAAAAGAGAAAGUAAGGAUGGUGAUCUAUCAAUACCAAGCAGGUUAGUCAGCUGCAGAGAUGAUUCUCCAUCAAAUAAACAAUUUGCAUCAGAGGAUGAAGUAAUUUUAUGGACUUUUCCAUAUAAUUAUUCAAAACAGUCUUUUGAGAACACUGAUGAGCAGGACCCCAGUGCCUCUAGCUGUACAUCAGGAAUAGAAGCUAAUGACUUGAGGCAGUUAGUGAAUGUGUUGAAUCAUAGCCAGCCCAAUUCUGCAACACAGAAGAGUAUUAAUACUUUGCAAGAGAGACAGAAUGAAAGAGACGGUUCCCAGUUAAAACAAGAAGACUUGCUCAGUGAACUGAAGGUUUUGGAACAACGUUGUAACACUUUAAAAGAGGAAAAUAUAUCACUGAGGAAGAACUGUUUCCCAGAGACAGAGGAGAAAGUUAAACGACUGAAAAGAAAGAACGCAGAGCUUGCAGUCAUUGCCAAACGUUUAGAGGAAAGAGCACAGAAGCUACAAGAGGCCAAUCUGAAAAUGGUUAAUACUCCUAUGCACCUUAAAGGACCAAGUCUUGAAAUAUGUAAGAAAGCUUUUGCACGUCAGCGAGCCAAAGACAUGGCUGAACAGGCUUGUGUUCUGUUGGCAAAAGACAAACAAAUUGCAUUAUUGAAACAUGAAUGUCUGGAGUUGCAAGCCAAGCUGAGUCUGGGGAAGGAGUGCUCAAGUUUGUUCAAGCUGAGUGACUUUGACCGCCUGCUGCGCGAGUCUCAAAAGGAAGUCUUGCGGCUACAGAGACAAAUAGCCAUCAAAUAUUUAAAGGAAUCUCUUCACGUCUCAAAAUCAGAUUCCCAGAGUUACAGCUCUGAUUCUGCAUUGGUUGAUCCCUGUUUUCAGUCAGACAAAGUCAAAGAGAGUCCUGACAAAACAAAAGUGGCCUCAUCAGGAGAUGGCAUCAAGGAGUUGGAAUUAAAGAAGAAGAGAAAAGAAUGCGAAAUUUUAGAACAAGAAGUGAAGAAAAAGCAGAAGAGAUGUGAAGAUUUGGAAACAAAGCUUCAUGAGGUUCAGACAGAGAAUGCUCGACUAGUGGAAGAAAACUCACAACUAAGCAGCAAAGUAAAAUGGGCAGGAAAGGUCGAAACAGAAAAUGCUGACCUGAAAGGACACUUGGCUGAGGUGACUGGGCAAAGGGAUUCUGCUCUUAAAGAGAGUCAUCAACUGCAAAGCAAACUGGAUAACCUAGAGCAAGUGCUGAAGCACAUGCGAGAUGUGGCAGAGAGAAGACAGCAGCUGGAAAAAGACCAUGAAGAUGCAUUAUUUGCUCUACAGAAAAGGCAGGAGGAAGUAAAACGUCUCAAUGAGGCUCAGGUUGAAGCCAAGAAAGAGCAUGAAGAAGCAACCAAGCUUCUAGAGCACACUUUGGACAGCUUGCAGGCAAAAGUAAAAAAUUUGGAAGAGAAGUGUCGCAGUCAGACAGAGCAGUUUAGUCUACUCUCUCAGGAGCUGGAGAGAUUCCGCCUACAAACUGGAGAUAUCGGUCUCCUCACCUCCACUCUGGUGACUACAGACUUGCCUCCUCCUCAGUGCUGCUCUACACCUGGGGUGCCUCAAGUCAAGCAAGACUUCACAGAUGAAUUCUUGUCCUGGGAAAUUAUAAGUUUGGUAGACUUUAGCGUCGGCAGCAACUUCAGUUUUGUAUACGUACAAUCGUCAUUAGAGGAUAACAUAGAACCAGUGAAUGAAGAGAAAAUUAAGACAGGUGAGUGCGAUAAGGAGAGGCCAAUACCUCAACCACUUGACUCGAGCUGUGAAAAUAGAAAAGCAGAGGCCCACAAUCAUGCAGUUGCCAAAGAAAAACAAAAGCUUGAAGCCCCACAGAGCUCAUCUAAGUCUGAAUCAGUUCACGAAAGUCCAAAGUCUUGCCCCACGCCAGAGGUGGAUACCGCAAGUGAAAUGGAGGAUUUGGAUGCUGAUAGCAUUUCAUUACAUCCAGAACCUGAAAGCCGUUUUCCUGCCAAGUUACACGUUUAUCUUGCUCGCUACAGCUACAAUCCAUUUGAUGGGCCUAAUGAAAACCCUGAAGCCGAAUUGCCUCUUACAGCUGGAGAAUACAUUUAUAUCUAUGGAGACAUGGAUGAUGAUGGAUUUUAUGAAGGAGAACUGAUGGAUGGGAGACGUGGACUUGUCCCUUCCAACUUUGUUGAACGAGUCUCAGAUGAUGAUCUAAUAGCCUUUCAGCCCACUGAGAUCAAUGAACUGUCACAGAGCUCUGGGCAGGACAUCAGCUUUUUAAGUGGAAGUAGCAAUGAGAGAAGUGAAGAUGGAAGCAGCCUUAGCCCAUUGCCAUGUGAAACGCAAGCAACCAGCGAGGGAGCGUCCGAUAUCUUAGCCGUGCCUUACCCCCGAAAGCUAGCGAUUAUCAAACAGCUAGCCCGAAGUAUUGUUGUUGGCUGGGAGCCUCCCUUGGUAACAGCAGGUACCAGAAACAUUCAGAGUUAUAAUAUUUACAUUGAUAAUGAACUUAGACAAAACGUGCAGUGCGGAGGGCAAACAAAAGCCUUGAUUGAGAAACUAGAGCUGAAAACGCGCACUUACCGCAUCUCUGUGCAAAGUGUGACAGAGGAUGGCUGCUCAGACAGAAUGCGUUGCACUCUGCUUGUAGGACAUGGAUAUUCACUUGCACCCACCCAGCUACGUGUGCGCAGCCUGUCAGCCACUUGUGCUGAGAUCACCUGGCAGCCAUGUAACAGCAACUACUCUCAUGCCUUGUAUAUGAAUGAUGAAAGGUGUGGACUGGCAAAGGCUGGGACUUACUGGUACAGCUUUAGCAGUCUUAGACCAUCUACAUUGUAUAAUGUGAAAGUCGAAGCGCAUCCUCAGAGAAUUCCCUGGGAACUGCCGCUUGAGAGACGGGAGCAAAAGGCUACAGUCAUUCAGCUGACGACCCCUUCAGCAGGUCCUCCUGAUGCUCCUCUUGAUGUUCAGGUUGAAUUGGGUCCAACACCAGGUGUUCUGCUGAUAAGCUGGUUGCCUGUGACAAUUGAUGCUGCAGGUUCAUCAAAUGGGGUGCGGGUUACCGGCUAUGCAGUGUAUGCUGAUGGGCAGAAGGUCCUGGAAGUUACCUCUCCAACUGCUGGCAGUGUGCUGGUUGGCAUGUCACAUCUGCAGCUGCUGCAGGUGUCGAAGGAGAUAUCUAUUAGAACUAUGUCCCCAAGUGGAGAAUCUGUAGAUUCAGUGCCAGCAAAGAUCCCUUCUGCCUUGCUUAAUAAUCCUGAUUGUUCAUCCUUGAUAAACCCAUUUUCUAAUAGCCUUACCAGUGAGCCAGCAAUGGAGAAGUCCUUAGAUGCUUGUUUUGAAAAAUUUCCUUCAAAGCCUCUUUCUUCGUCUUCCCCCUAUUCACCACCCGCAACACUUGAUGCAUGCACUAAAGCCAAAUUUUCAAUCCAUACGAGCUGCAGCAGAGGGAAAUCCACAGACUCACUGCCAGUACGGAUAUCUCCUCUUCUUUUGCUCUCUCCACUCAGUACUUCCUCUGGCUACUGCCAAGGAUCUUCCAGAUCUGACUGUUUGGAGCCAGUUGUUUCACAGGAUGGUACACAUGAAAAUGCACCCCCAGCUUUACCCCAGACUGCAUCUAUUGCUGUUAGUGGAAGUGUUCAGCCUUUGGACAGUGCUUCUGACAGUGUAGAAGUAUCCAAAAUUUCUUUACAAGAAAAGGAAUCCACAUUUAUUCAAGAAAGUGUGGAGCUUUCCAACACCAAAUAUUCUGAUAUGAAGGCAGUAACAAGCAGUCAGCCAAGCUCGCUUGAAAUAGGUAAAACGUGGAAUGACAGUCUGACUGAACGUAGCACAGCUUCCAAAGAAGACUGCUCAAGCCCAGAGACGGAGCAUUUGGAGGAAGAAAAUAAGAGAAGAUGUAAUCGAGAGAUCUCCAUUGAGGACUUUCUUGAAGAAGGGCCGGAGAAAACUGCAAAUAAUUAUACUAAUGAAGGCCUGGAAGAGGAGGCAUCGCUGCCAGAACCAAUUGUUUCUAAUCUGGAACACAGUCCUAGUUCCACACUUUCAGACAUCAUGGAGGAAGAAGAGGGUGAGAAUCCUGAGGAAGAAGACAGUCCUAAAAUAAACAAGAAGCGUCAGAUAGGUGCGAAGGCUCGUUGUGAGAACUUAUCAAAGUUGGACUGUUGUGAGACAGACAGUGAUGAGGAAAUUCUUGAAAGGAUGUUAGCUCUCCCCUUACAGAAACACUGCAGCAAGAAACUUUUUAGCAUUCCUGAAGUUACCGAGGAAGAAGAUGAAGAAGAGGUGUAUUAUAAAGCACCUCUGGCAAAGACCACAAUGCACUCAAAUGACCUGACUUCUGAGCACUGUGGAAAAGGGAGUCUCUUAAACAACAAAUCCUCAUGUGUCUUGGAAGACUGUGCCUUGGAAAACAGUGCAUUACUAAGUCAGGAUUGGGAUCUGAAACCAAAUGUACUCAUAUCUCAGCAUCAGCAUGAGAACACAAAGACCCCUCUCUUUGGAAGUUCAACGUGUAACCCAAAGCGAAGCUACUGUUGGACUGACAGGGCUAACUCUUGCCCUGAAUCAAAUAGAAAGAGGCAGGGUGAUGCGCGGGAACAAUGUAGCCGUAUGGUUGCAAAUUCCAGCCAGACUGUAUUUUUCAAUCCACGUAGCCACAACCAGAAAGAGCAGGGAUUACAUACUGCUGCUAAAAAUACUCCCCAGGUUAACCAAAAAAAUGGCAAAAGCAAUCCCCAGAAAUGCUUUCAAAGUCCACAGUAUUCUGAUUAUUCAGACGUAAAUAUAAAAAGGGCAUCCAGUUAUGGUAGCCCAGGGGGCUUGGAAAUUGACAUUGAAUAUGAUACAGAGGAUGAAGAGGACUUGUCCAGUUUAAAAUGUUCAAACCAUAGCAGGCCAAACAUUUGGGAGGAUAGUUCCCAAACAGAGAGAGAUGGCUGGAGUGACUGUUCUAGCCAGUCUGAGCCAAUCAGGCAUACUAAAAAAAGAAGGGCAUUAAAAAAGCAGGUCAAUGUACAAGAUAAUAGUGCAGAGAUAACGCUUGGCCACAACAUUCAGGGGUCAAGGCAAGGCAGCAGGAAUGACGAUCUGUCUAGCAGACUUGGAAGCAAUACCAUUGUACAUACAUCUGGACGGGACGGUGCUGGAAAGGAUGGCUGGAACGGAAACACUCCAUCAUCCCUCCCAGACUAUCAAGAGGCUCCAUCACCAGGCAAGGCAACUGGGACAAGUCAGCUGACAUCUGGAUCUGAGUCAGAAGCUGCAUAUUAUAUUUCACCAGAAUAUCAUCAAGAAGUCAUUCCACAUAAAGAGCAAAGCCCCUUAAAACCACAAAAGCUGGAAACAGCAAGGAUAUUUGUUGCCCUUUUUGACUAUGACCCAGUUAUCAUGUCACCCAACCCCGAUGCAUAUGAAGAAGAGGUACCAUUUAAAGAGGGACAAAUUUUACAGAUUUUUGGAGAUAAAGAUGCGGAUGGGUUUUACCAUGGAGAAUGUGCUGGGAAAACAGGAUACAUUCCUUGUAACAUGGUUUCUGAGUUACACAUUCAAAAUGAGGACAUGGGAGCGGAACUACUGAAACGGGGUUGGGUAACAUCACCCACCAUACUGAAUGAUUUGGUGGACAUUGUGCCUGUUCCAGAUGUGACAGAUGUACCAGAAAAGAGCAGAAAAAUACAGCAUGAUCUGAGUGUUCCCAAAAAAAUGGUGGCAAUAUUUGAUUAUAACCCCAGAGAAAAUUCUCCAAACAUGGAUGUUGAGGCAGAACUGAACUUCACUGCAGGAGAUCUCAUAACUGUGUUUGGGCCAAUGGACGAGGAUGGCUUUUAUUAUGGGGAGCUAAAUGGGUUAAGAGGACUUGUACCUUCCAAUUUUUUGGAAAGUGCCCAGCCACAAGUAGAAGAAUCAGAUGCACAGAUGGCUCUUCAUGCAAGAGACAAUACUGAGAGGUUGAGAAGAAGAUCCAAGUGAUUUAUUUAAAAUGAGAAAGUCAGAGCCAGCCAUGUACAUUAAGGGUUGCAGCACCCGUUGACCCUCCAGAUUCCCCCACUGAAGAUCCCAUUUCUUGUGGACAAGCCGCUAAUUCCAAGCUGAUGUCUGAGAGACAGCACCCAUAUCAAGGCUUUGCAUCCAACAAAAAGAAGAAAAGUUUAUUCUCCAAAGGACGAAAACUGUUUAAAAAGCUAGGAUCUUCUGGCAAGAGCUUGUAGAUAUCCCAUAGGCAUCUAUCCAUCCAGCAAUAAUAUUUGUAGAAGGAGGCAAUUAAGAGCUUUUAUUUAUUGCAGUCCCCCUGCUGGCAUAGAUAGGUAUUGCCAUUUGUAAAUAGUAUUAUUUAUUGUUACAGUAAAAGGUUUCUUGGUGUCUGUGACAGCAAGAGGUAAUAAAGAAUGUAAAGUAUAUGGUGGUGUCUGGAUAUAGGAUGAUGACUGGAAAAAAAAUGAUUUGAAGCACUAAAGAAUUAUAUGAUAUACCACAGGGAUUUUAAAGCCUGCUCCAUGGCUUGGCACUUGUGCACUAGGUAUAUGACAAUGCCUUCUAGAACAACACGGAAUGUUUGCACUAUAUCUUCCCCCUGACUGGACUCCAAGCUUGAGUGCUAAGCAGUCUGGAACCAUUCUGCCCGAGCACUGAGUCAUAACAAGGGGGAGAGCAAAAGGCCAAAGUAGCGACCUUGGCAAGAGUAUGAUAAUAGCGCUUAUCCCUUCUUAGGAAUAAUAAUAACAGCAGAUUUUUAUGUUGGGUGCAUGUUGGUAAAAAUGUUCAUUUGCCUUAUUUUUAUCUUCUUAAAUAUUUUAAUUGUUUACAAUGUUGUAACUGCUGUGGGAAAAGAAGCAAGGUGUUGGGCUUGGCGCAGUAGGGAUCAGUAGUAGGGAAGUUUGGAGUCGAUUCUAUUCCUUUGUCGCUGACAAUUCUACAUCAGAGCCAUUACAAUGUAUAAAUGUAACCAGCAUUUUGUACCAUGUGGCCAGCAUUCAAUGCUUUCUGUGCUCAUACUAUUUAUUUUGCAUGUUUCAUAAAAGAAAAAAAAACUGAAUUUGUUAGGAAGUGUUUGAAACACAAAGUGACGCCCGUUGGUGUUGCAACAUGCCCAUUGUUUACAAUUCAAAUACAUUUUAUUAUAAUAAAGUAUAUUUUCACAGUUC